AUAUUAUCAUAAACCGGAACGAUGUUAAUUUUGUAUCCUUACUUUUAUCUAUUUUUAUGGGAAAUGUCUAAUAAUACUUUACUGCAUGCGAACUGAGCCAGUCAAUGGAAAAAUUAGGGAUGGAUAAGUCUAAAAAGAAAGGAAUUACUUGGGGCGAAGCGGCGAAAAUUGUUCUGGAGAAUGCAAAGAAACCCUUGAAUCAUAAGGAGAUACUAAAUGCAAUCCUCGAUCAAAAGCUGAAAGAGGUCUCUUUAAAAUUUUCGCAAGCUCUGGCCUGUCUUAAUGCAAUGCUUCAUGCGAACUCGAGGACACCAGCUUCUCUUUUUGCCAAAGUAACGGGUAAAACUAAUGGAAGAGGAACUUGUUAUCAACUAAAUAAAAAGCACCAAGAUAGUGUUGAAUCUUCAGAAUCCGAGACUGAUUCCCCAGAUUCAAGUUCCAACGAGGGUGAUAUUAAGGUCGAAGAAAAGGAAGAAAGUCCUUCCCAAGUUUCAUCAGAAAGCUCGUCCCAAAACAGUAACAUUUCACCAUCAGGAUCAUUGCCACCAAUUAGCAUUAUGUUGGGAUCUUACCAAAACAGGACGGGUUCAACUUCAGUUGCCUCAUCCCUCGAAUGUGCGAUUGCCAAUUCACGUCUAAGUAGCCUGAUAGCGCCAUCGUCUGAUAGUCCUCCCGCUGGCUCUUCAAUGGCCAAGAAAAGACGGAUUAAACCUUGUUUUCGAGAUGGCUCAUCUUCAAAGAAAGGAAGGGUCACUUUUAAAUUGGAUGAUGAAAAGAAAGAUAGUGAGAAUUCUAGGGAACGAAUACCUGUGAAAACCAAAGCUGAAUUAAAAUACAUGGGUGAUGACAAUUCUGGUGUAUCUCAAAACUUUAUCCCUCCUAUCCUACGACCACCCAUGUACCCCACACAUACCGUGGUCAAGAACUCGUCAUCAGGAUAUUUCGGACAAAAACGCUACAAGAAAAUGAGUGUCGCUGCUCAAAUGAAACGCUCGAAAGAAGGUCAAGUCGACCUCGUGUCGCCCGACUCUAUUUUAUCCAAAAUAAACGGCAGAACGCUGUUCAACUUCGAAACAUUUAAUCUUCUCCCGAAACUUUACCAGUAUCAUUUGGUGAAACUUUUACCACAAAUCGAUCAAGAAACUGACGAAAAGGGUGAAUUGAAACCAACCAACACAGCAUUCAGCAACGAAUUUUUCACUAGUGCUUUUGAUUCUUGGAAGGAACGUCUGAGCGAAGGCGAGUUUACUCAAGAAAUGAAUCAGAAGAUACAACUGGAACAAGAUAGAAAAUUUAACCAAGAUCCUUGGAAGAUAAAGCAUUUUGAGUCAGUAUGGGGAGAAAAGUUACAGGAAAGUACAAGAUACACAUCACCAGUUGUAAGGAGCCAUCACAUCAUGGAACAGGUAAGAGUUGAAUGGGACAAAGAACAAGAAUUAAUUGCCAAGGAAAAGGAAGAAAAAGAAAGACUUGCCGAGGAGAAGGAGAAAGAAUCAAAAGAGUCGCGAGAAAACACGGAUUUAAGCGCUCCGAAUAAAAUACAGAAAAACGCAACGGGAAAAAAUGUUCCAUCCAAACAAAAUGCAGCCUUAGUACGCCAACAGAAACUCGCUAAGGCGAAAAGUGUUUCGAAUAAAGCUCUCAAAGAUACCAAGUCGUUGAAAGGUACCGCGAAGAGCGUAGCGAAGAAUGGGACCGAGCAAAACGGUAAGGGGAAGUCACGACCUAAAGCAAAACAGACCAAAGGGAAAAGCGAGAUAAAUGCAAACGACGAAUCCUCGGAGGUAACAAGUGAGGAAACUACCAGCUUGGUUGAAAACGACAAAUCAUUAGCAGAUACGGAACCUAUUCAACCUUCACUUUCUGAGGCGAGCGACGUAUCAGAGCCGACACCGACAACGUUUUUGGACACUGGUCAGCGCACAACAGCGAAAGAAAAACCGAACAAAAAGUCAAGUAACAGUAAGAAAAAGAAAGACGAACCAUCGAAAACGAUAAACAGUGCGCAUGCCUUAAAUUUGCCGUGUUUGUGUAUUUUGAAACCAAUGGUUAAAUGUCUUCGUUGCGGGGCGUUUUGUCAUUCAGACUGUAUUAAUCCGAUGUCAUUGUGUACUGUUUGUGCGGCUUAAAGAAUUUGUUUGUGAGUAGAAUGAAUUGAAUUAUUUUUAAAUGCCAAA